AUGUCUACAACUGUCUUCGUCUCAGGUGCAACUGGUUUCAUUGCUCAACACCUCAUCAAGCAAUUGAUUGCUAAGGGAUACAGCGUCAUUGGAUCAGUUAGAUCUACUGAAAAGGGUGAUGCUUUGAAGAAGAACUUGAACUCCGACAAGUUCCAAUAUGCUAUUGUUCGUGACAUCCAAGUUGAAGGUGCUUUCAACGAAGUUUUCAAGAACCACCCAGAGAUUACCAUUGUCUUGCACACUGCUUCUCCAUUCACAUUCAAUGUCACUAACCCAGAAAAGGACUUGUUGAUCCCUGCUGUUGAAGGUACCAAGAACGCCUUGAAUGCCGUUAUUGAAUACGCUCCUCAAGUCACCAAUGUUGUUGUCACUUCUUCUUACGCUGCUGUGUUGACGAUCGCCAAGGAAAGAGACAGUUCUGUCACUUUCGACGAAUCUUCAUGGAACGAAAUCACUUGGGAACAAGCCAAGCAAAACAACUUGGCUGGUUACGUUGGUUCUAAGACCUUUGCUGAAAAGGCAGCCUGGGAAAUUAUGGAAACCAAGAAGCCACACUUCACUUUGUCCACUGUUAACCCAAACUAUGUUUUCGGUCCACAAGCUUUCGAUUCUGAAGUUAAGGACACUUUGAACACCUCUGCUGAAAUGAUCAACAGUGUUGCCAAGUUGACUGCCAAUGAUGCUAUCCCAGAAACCACUGGUGGAUUCAUUGAUGUUAGAGAUGUUGCUGCGGCUCACAUCAUUGCUUUUGAAAAGAAGGAAGCUGCCUCCAAGAGAUUGUUACUCUGUAACAAGAGAUUCAACUCCCAACUUCUCCUUGAUAUCUUGAACGAAAACUUCUCCUACUUGAAGGGUAAGCUUCCAGUUGGUAAGCCAGGUACUUCCAAGGAAAUUACUGACAAAAUGGCCACUGUUAACAACGAAGCCACCAAGAAGAUUCUUGGCUUUGAAUUCAUUGGCUUGAAGCAAUCCGUUGUUGACACCGUUCAACAAGUUUUAACCGUUAACGGAAAGCUUUAA